GUAGAAUACAAUGUGAAAUUGUUAUUUCAAGAGUUCAGAUUGAGCAAAAAGCUUUCUGAAUCCAAAACUUACAUAUUUUUAAAUGAAAAUAUUAUUAUUCUGUCUAUUUUCGCACUGACAUUGCAUUAUUUUCGUAUUUUCUUGCAAAGUUUAGUGAAAAGAUCCGCUGAAAAGCAUAAUUUAUUGAUAUUUUGCUGCAAAACAAAUGGAGGAAGAAGAAGAUAUUUCUGAGCUAUUAAGGAAAGGACUUGUACUAACAGAUAAUCGUAAAUACGAUGAAGCAGAAACUCUUUUUAAAUGCAUCAUUGCUACGUUAGAGAAGUGUAAUGCUUCUUCAAACUGUCCGUACUUGUGUGAAGCUUAUAAUAAUUUAGGUCUUAUUCAAUACAAAAAGGUGGAAUUUCAGAAGGCUAUAACAUCAUACGAUCGAUCUAUUCAGAUUGAUAAUUCUUUUGCACCAGCAUACUAUAAUCAAGGCACUAUCUAUUACCGUCUCGGAUCUUAUGAAACUGCCUUGGAAAAAAUGACAAAGGCUGUGUCUCUGCAACCUUCGAAUAUUGAAUUUCAGAAAGGAUUUAAUGCAACAUUUAAAAUAAUCAGAGACCACCCAUGGGUGAUGCCAGUGCAGUACAGAAUGGAAAUACAGGACUGAAAUGUACUCUAAUAUGUGCUCUGUAAGAAAAAAAAUUGAAAAAGGCCAAACUAUUAUGCAAUUUCAAUUAUGUUUUAACUAUUAAUGUUCUCAAUAUUCAUUUGUACAUAUAUUUAUGUACAUAUUCAUUUGCACAUAUUUACUUACUCUAAUUUUGAUACAAAAUAAAGGAUCGAAUUAAAGAUUU